UCAUAUAUAAGAUCCUUAAUUAUACAGACAAUAUAUACCAUAUACGUUACAAAUGUAUGUUUGUAUACAUAUAUGUUCGACGACCCUUCUGACUUUGGCCUGAAUUAUUUCAAAGCUCUGCCAAAUUUAAACACAGUCUGUUCAAAUAAGUUCUCCAUGAGUUUUUUUUCAUAAUAAUUAACCAGGUUGUUUUUCUUGACAUAUUAUCUCAAACUAGAUAGAUCUAGGCACUAUAAACCCUAACUUACUCUUUAUAUUAAUUACGUCCUAAUUUUAAGAAUGUUUACAUGCCUGCCUGUACUUUUCUUCAACAUAAUUACGUUUUAGGGAUAUUCACCAAAAAAAAAAUUACGUUUUAGGGAUUUCAUUCUCGUACAGUGGAAUUUAAAUUGAAUAUUAACGAUUUGUAAGAAAAAUGUUGUAGAUGUCAGAAGAAAAAUGAUACUCCCUCCAUUUCAUUUAAAUUUUCGUUUUAGAGUUUAAAAUUUAUUUCGUAAUAGAUAUCGUUUUAGAUUUUUAAUGCAGGUAUUUGGUAAAAGUUAUAGUUUUAUUUCUACUGUUUUCUUGACUAAUAAAUUUUUUUAUAGAAUAUAUUAAUAAGAGAUAAAACAUAAAAUUUAAUUGUUUUUUUUUAAUUUGUACAUAAAACCUUAAACGACGUGUAAUUCGAAACGGAUAGAGUACUAAUUAGCAUCAUAUCACCCAUUAAUAAAAAAUUAAUUUUCUCAUGGUUGCAAAUGAAAAUUUGGUAGGAAUAAACAAAUUGGUACGUAUUUUUGUCUUUUGAUGUGGGAACACAGUUUCUUGCAUCCAAAACUCACAACAUGUUGUUUUCUUUAAAUCUUUAACCAUCAAAGACAUUUUAGGUCAAUUAAAGCAUCUUUGUUUCUUAGUAUAAAUUCAUUCAUACUUUUAUCAAGGUUGAACAAAAAAUCUAAAAAAAAAAUAGCUAACUAACUCCUCCAGUCCUCCUCCUAAUUUUUUUUGCGCCAAUUUACUGAAUUGUGUGAUCUAAUAUGAACACUGUAAACAACAGAAUUUCAAUAAUAAGGUAUUAUCAAAACGAAAAUGAUGGAACUGUGUAAUUUUCCACAAAAAAAAAGAAGAAGAGGACAAGUUGAUUGGUCUUAAGCAAUCGCCAUCAGAACGUGUACAAAUUGGACUUCAUACCAGAAUUCUAACAAAUGAUCAAAAAUAUCCAAAUUUGCAUACUUGCGUGUUAUGUGAUAUCAACGAAUCAUAACAUCCACAUCUAGCUCUCUUUUAUUAAUUUCAACUACAAGGGAAUCGAAACAAAAGACUGAAAACGGUGUCGUUCAUUAUCUACAGUGAACACUAUACACGAUAGCCUAAGAACGUCUUCUUUUCUUUUCUUGUCUUUUGGUACUGAGCCGUCGUUUUCGGGUCUGAACGUCAGUAAAUGCAGAAGGCUCAUGCUGAGACAGACAACGACAUGUCCUUGUAAGAGACAACACCAAAAGGAGUAAAACCCACCAAAAAGUAAAUUAUUUAACCACAUAAAUUAAAUACACACACACCCAUAAAUUAUAUGUAUAUACAUGCUGAUGCUGACAUUAUGACAUACAUAUAUAACUGCUUCUCCUUUUUGUAUUAUUGACGUAGUAAAGUGUGUCUCCAGAGUUUGCUGCACUGAAACUACUCGUUUCUCUCUGUGUUUUUACUGUUACAAUAUCAAAACCAACUCUCUAUCGAUCUCUUCAUAUUUGGGAAAAAAUAUAUAAUAAUAUUAAUAAUUCACGGGUUCAUAUAAGACAAAAAUGUAUAAUAUAGGGUUUUAGAUGCCAAGACAUUUAUUGGCUUUUAUGGAUAAAUAUUGGAUAUGGAAGUCAAGGAAGUACCCAUAACGUUAGACAAAUUGACUCUGUUUGUUGAAUUUUGUUUUGUAAUAGUAUUCAUUUAGAUUCCUUUCUUUGUUGGUAAGCCAAAUAGCCUCGAGGGAUUGAGAGGAGACAAAGGGGAAGAUAUGAACCUGCAAAGGACGAGAAAAUCCAGUAAGAAAGUUACUGUAGAGUAGUGAAGUGCCUUUAAUGUCUGGGGGAGCAAUAAGCAAAGGAGACAAUUGACAAAUAACUUAUUAUUGCACAUAAUGGUUUUUUUUUCAAGCUUGGACCUAGAAAAAUAAAGCAAUCCCAUGACUCAAAACUGUACUCAAUGCAUUGAACUUUAACAAAUGCUGUGAAACAUUUAUGCAGUAUAAUGGCUGAGACUGGCUUUUAGUAUGAGAGAUGAUAAAAAAAAAAAAAAAAAGAACAUGUGAGUUCAUAUAUAAAUUUCUAUUAGCAUUUUUAAUAAUUUACUUUAGUGUGUCAAGAACUCAGAGAGAAGGAGAUAAAUAAAAAAGCUAGUCAGAAAGACUCAGAGUCAGCUAUCUCGAAAUUAAUCUUCUAUUCACAAGUUUUAUCUCUUAGUUCUAUAUGUAUAUGUAAAAAUAUUUAGCACAGUAAAGGGAAAGUACGUAGGAAAUUUAGGGUUUAUGGAUCAAUAAAAAUAAGAUGAUUGUCUUGAUUGACCUGAAAUAAUAAUUUAGCAACCCAUUGGAUAACAAAACAAAACUAAACAUAGAACUAAAUUCUCACAUAGAUCCAAAUUCGACUGACUAAACAAACCUAAACAUAGUGUACUGAUUACGAAGUAGUUCCCCUACCAAAGUAGGCUAUAUAUGUGCAACACAAAUACUGAUCCAUUAGUAGAGAAAAUGAAGAAAAAAAUAAGUACGAACCUGCAACAUAUUGUCACCUUAACACAAUUUUUUAAUAAUCCUUUACUCUUACGACUCUCCGUCACACGCGUUCUCAUCCUCUUGGAACUCUUCUACGCUUUUUCGAGUGAACAGAACUACAUUUUUGUUCUUCAAAGCGUGCGUUUCAAUCGGCGGCGUUAUCUCUCCGGGAUGGUAGUUGACAUUGUCUCCGGGUGCAAGAGAGCCCUUUUCGUUAACGAGUUAAGACUUAAGAGUAAUGAAUAAAUUCAAAUCAAACCGAAGGAUUAAUAAUCAACCGGUUAAUUCUGAGCUAUUCCGGUUUGGUUAAUUCCUACCGGUUAUAUAAUUCAUCUCCUCUCAAUUAGUCAAAUAGUCAAUAUUUUCUAAUCAAAGUUGAUCGUCCCAUUAAUUUGGAAUAGAGGAGAUUGGACUCUAUUUCAAUUUAAGAAACUGCUAAUUAAAUCAGACUCAUAGAACGAAACUGCUAAUUAAAUACGGAAUAAAAUUUCGAAGACGUUUCGAUACGACAAUUAAUACCAUAGCUCAUCCCUUCCCAUAUAAAAAUAGCCAAAGAUCUUAGUAUUGAUCAUCAUUAAAAACAAACCCGAAAGAAAAAAAAAACAAACUCUGAAACUUCUUUUUCUUUUGUUCACAUCAUGGCUAUCAAAAACGUGUUUUUUCUCGUAGCGGUUACAUGCGUUUUGGUCUCCGUAAAUGCUCAACUACCACAAUUUUCUUUUCCAUUUCCAUUCCAACCGAAUCCCGGUAUGCCAGGAUUACCCGAUAUUACAAAAUGUUGGUCAACAGUAAUGAAUAUUCCAGAAUGCGUUGCAGAAAUUUCUCAAUCGAUUCUUACUGGAAAGUUCGGUAAUCUAGGUCCCGCUUGCUGCAAAUCAUUUUUGGACGCCGAAGCCAAUUGCAUGCCAAAACUUCCAUUCAAUCCGUUUUUCCCUCCUAUGUUAAAAGAACAAUGCUCAAAAGUUGUUGGCGCUAUUCCUCCUACCCCAAAAUGAAAUUCUUAAUAUAUUGAUGUUA